AUGGACCUAUUUGCGCGCAUGCGGACGCUUAUCCUCCGUGAGAAAAGGAAGAAGCAGGUUGAAAGACCGCUUGAGGGCGCGGCUCUUCUGCAAAGAUUAAGUUCGACUCUGCAGUGCACUCCAGAAGUUCUGGUGUUGACUCAGACCUACCAAGCUAUGAUGAGUGCUAGUAUUUCGGUCGGAGCUAGACUGCCACGGCCCGUGACUAAUUAUGAGCUACUUGAACGAAUUAAUAAGUUAGUGGGUGGGCUGGAGGCAGCUAAGGCUUUACUUAAACAGUCUUUAUUAGUCGAAGAUCGAAUAUGUCUUGAGCAAUUAGUUAGUGAGCUAGUCGGAAUUAUUGCUACUCAGGGAUACUUAGUAGUGCAUUUAAUGGCUAAAGAGGCCAACUUAACCUCGGAUCUGGCCCAGCAGUUGCUAGUCCAAUUUACUCGUUUGCGCAGUCAUCUAAAUGUGUCUAGUGAUCUGCCCAUUAGUGCCACCAGCUCAAUUCGAGCCACCGAUUCUAACCAUGCGGGGAUGCCACCUACGCCAAUUCUUACGCAGUACAAGAUCAGGUACUUAAGCCUGCGGCGCAAACUUCUCGGCGAAGAGUCCUACUUGGCCACCCUAUUGGGCUGGGAUGACUGCGCAGCCAUGCUAGAUGGUGAGUGCCAGCGAUACUGGCUAGUCUUCCGGGAGGGCCAGCAGAGCUCGCUUCUUCAGGGUCUUUCUUUUUCUCUCCUGCGCCUUUGGCUUACUCGGCCACUUUUAGCGCCUACGCUUACUAAGUCUUUAGCUACUUGUCAAAUAGACUCUUUCCAUCAGACUCCCGGCGUUCUUCUACUGCGCGAUGCUCUUAAUACAUAUUUAGAGCCGAAUCCAGCCACUAAGCAUUCGUCCAACAACCCAUUCUGA